ACACGUGAGGCUCAUGUGACAGAGGCAGUCGGAGCAAGAAUCGGAUGGUUUAUUGAACCCGUCGCUCCGUCCUCCCCCACUCUCCCAGCGUCUCCCAGCGGGACCGCCUCUCCUCCGUUGACGUGGACACACCGUGCGCUCUCGCGGAUUCCUCCGUUCAAUUGAUGCUCACUUUUUCUUUUUUUUAAUACAUUGUUAUUUAUUUUUGGAGACGCUUUUUAUUUGUCUAGACCCGGCGGGUUCAGUAAAUUCGCAGUCUCACUGAAGUCACAGUUAGUUUGACUGCGCAUCAGGAGCCGAGAGAAUGGAGCGUGUGUCGAGCGCUCCACCGCCGCUACUCACCGCGCACACUGCGGCUGACCUGGGGGACAUGCAGGGGAUGGACUUCCCCAUGUACGUUUAUAAAUCGAGGCGAGGAAUGAAACGGGGCGAGGAGAGCAAGGAAACCUACAAACUGCCUCACAGACUCAUCGAGAAGAAACGGCGCGACCGGAUAAACGAGUGCAUCGCUCAGUUGAAAGAUUUGUUACCGGAGCACCUCAAACUCACGACUCUGGGCCAUCUGGAGAAGGCUGUGGUCCUGGAACUGACGCUGAAACACGUCAAAGCCCUCACUUCACUCCUGGAGCAGCAGCAGCAGAAGAUACUGGCUCUGCAGAAUGGCAUGCAACUUGACCCCGCCCCCGCCGUGGGCCAGCAGAAGGCGGAGGAGCUGUUCCGCUCCGGCUUCCACAUGUGUGCCAAAGAGAUGCUGCAGUACGUGGCCAGCUGGGAGACGGAGGGCGACUUGACCCCCGCCAACAUGAUCAACCACCUGCACCAGCUGGCCACCGAGGUGCUGCAGGGCCCGCCCCGAUCGCCGCCCCCCGCCCCCAGCCCCAGCCCGCGGCCGCAGGACGCCCCCGCCGCACAGCAGCCGCACCACCAGGGGGCCCAGAAGGGCGCGGCCGACGGCCUGCCCCCCCCGCCCGGCGAGGGCUACGGGAGGAACUGCGUGCCGGUGAUCCAGCGGGCGUACCCCCCGGGAGGCAGCGAGCAGAGCGGCAGCGACACGGACACGGACAGCGGCUACGGCGGCGAGCUGGAGAAGAGGCCCGACUACUACCUCCAGGAGGCGGGGCCUCUGAAGCGCUCGGCGGCAGAGCGCCACGGCCCCGCCUCCAUCAAGCAGGAGGGCGGCGGCGGCGGCGGCGGCGGUGGCGGCGGCGGCGGUGGGCCCCACCGUAAGCGGCCCCGCGUGGAGUCCUCUGAGGACGAGUCGCAGUCGGGGGCGGAGUCCUCUUCGUCGUCGUCGUCCUCCAGCAGCCGCAGCUACAUGAGCGUGUCCCCCCACCAGCCCCUGCCGCCGGCCCCCCACCCCCUCUGCAUGCCCUUCUACCUGCUGCCCCCCUCCGCCGCCUCCUACCUACCCAUGCUGGAGAAGUGCUGGUACUCCGGCGCCAUGCCCAUGCUCUACCCCGGCAUGGGGGCCCCCGGGGACAGGGCCGCGGCCCCCCAGCACCACCGCUCCUCCAGGGGGGCCUCUCCGUCCCCCAGCCACCCUCAGACCCCCAUGGACUCCCCGGCCCUCCUCCAGGCCCUGAAGCUGGUGCCCCCCCUCACCCUGGAGACCAAAGACUAGAGAGCGGACGGGGGGGGGGGGGUCAGACAGAGACCUGAUGGAGGAUCAAACAGAGACCUGACGGAGGUUCAGAGAGAGACCUGAUGGAGGAUCAGACAGAGACUUGACGGAGGAUCAGACAGAGACCUGACGGAGGUUCAGACAGAGACCUGACGGAGGAUCAAACAGAGACCUGACGGAGGUUCAGACAGAGACCUGACGGAGGAUCAAACAGAGACCUGACGGAGGUUCAGAGAGAGACCUGAUGGAGGAUCAGACAAGACCUGACGGAGGAUCAGACAGAGACCUGACGGGGGAUCAAACAGAGACCUGAUGGAGGAUCAGACAAGACCUGACAGAGGAUCAGACAGAGACCUGACGGAGGUUCAGAGAGAGACUUGAUGGAGGAUCAGACAAGACCUGACGGAGGAUCAGACAGACCCUGACGGAGGUUCAGAGAGAGACCUGAUGGAGGAUCAGACAACACCUGACGGAGGUUCAGACAGAGACCUGACGUUGGAUCAAACAGAGACCUGACGGAGGUUCAGACAGAGACUUGACGGAGGUUCAGACAGAGACCUGACGGAGGGAGACUUAACGAUAGAGACUAAGACUAAGGACCACCUCCCAGUCUCUCCUCGCCUGUGUUUUCCUCCUGAGGUCAGAAAACAGAUGAGAGGACAUUUUUAAGAGGGCGUCUCGGAGGACGACGGAGAACGAGGGGAAAGCGAACGAGAGAAAUCCGCCAUUCACACCAACGCUGGAAAGCUCCUCUCUCCCCCCCCCCCCCCCCCCCGCUCUUUGUUCUGAAUGAAUGUUAAUGUACUCCACAGUGCUCAUUGUACAGGACCCCACUCUGAUGGAUCCGUUCUGCACACCCACACACCACAGAUACACUACACACACACACACACACACACACCACAGAACACACGCACAUAAACACACACACACACA